ACAGCCAGCGGGGGGUAAAGUAUCUCCCUGGGUGCGGCGGAGUCCGUAUUCUGAUAAAGAAUACUUGAGCUACGUGCAGACCGGAGGUGGACUGCCCCGGAACGAGGACGCGUUAUAAGCCGCAGCUCCGCUGGAAGGCCAUGGCCGGCUUCUCUAUCCGAAGAUACAGGAGCGCGGAUCAUGCCGCCGUUCGUCUCCUGUUUGCGGAGGGGAUGCUGGGCUACGUUCCCUCGACUUGCUUCUACCUCCUGAGGCUCCCUCGGGUGCAUGUCUUUCUUGCGCUCUCUUUUAUCUUGCUGUUCGCGAUCUCCAAGUCCUGCCCGCUCUCUCUGGUAGGUGUGAUGGUUGAGUUAGCCGCCGGUUGGUGUCUGAUGAAGGCCGAGUUCCAAGCGUAUGUGAAGCGAUGUCACGGAGCGGACCUUCAGGACAUCGAGAAGUCCUACCUCCUGAAGAGGAAGUGCUGCUUCUGGGUGGCGGAGGCCGAAGGGAAGGUUAUCGGAAUAGUCGGCGUCCAGCCGGCCCCAGGCGCCGAAGAUACGCUGGUUCUCAGGCGCUUGUCGGUGGCGAAGCGAAGUCGCGGCCAGGGGGUGGCCAAAGCUCUCUGCAAGAUGGUCAUUGACUUUGGCCACCAGCAUGAGUGCAAGCAGGUCACCCUGGACACGUCAAUCAUACAGAGAGCGGCCCACGGGUUAUACGAGAGCUUGGGCUUCGAGAAGACGGAAGUCCGGUAUGUCCGGACUCUCUACGGGCGAUUUGCUGACUUCUCCGUCCAUUACUACACUUACACGUUAAAGCAAUUAUGAUGUCAUACUGGAACAAUGCUUACAGGACCACAAGAUGGUUGACUGCAGAUGUCACAUGCUCAUUAAAGAGCGUUGCCUUUAAAUCAA